AUGAACGGGACAGCGGAAGUAACGCAACCCUACGGCAGCAACAACAGCAACAGCAUUGUUACCAAAAACAGCAAACAUCAGGGGAGGAUGAAACGGAAUAUCACGAUUGCGGUGAGCGCUAAGGGAUUCUAUCGAACCGGAAUUAUGUGUGAUAUGGUACAGCAUGCUAUGGUAAUCCCAGUAUUACAUUUUCGUUUCCAUCGGCCGCUCAAUGUGUUGGAAAAAUACAUCGAUUACACUUUCAUUAAUCGGUACACGCUGCAGCUCGCGUUGACGCAUCCUUCGUACAAGGAAAAUUUCGGCACCAAUCCCGAUCAUGCACGUAAUAGUUUUACCAAUUGUGGCAUUCGACAGCCAGAAUACGGAGAUAGGAAUAACACUUUGAUCAAUAUCAUGUCGCGCUUCGGGAAGGAGUACAAAACGGAUAGUAACAUCACACACAACGAACGGCCAGAGUUCCUCGGUGAUGCCGAGCCCAAGGAGGUGGAGUUCAUCCCCUCCAUUCAUCUCUUUCAUAUGUUUCCUGAUCUCGAAGAAGGCGGUUUGGCCACACAUCGCGCUGCUAUAGUUCAAAAUCAGCACCUGGCUGUUUUGGCGAAAAAGCUGCAUUUGGAAGAGUAGCUAUACGCGCACGGCUCUGAUCUGUGUCAUGAGCUGGAGCUUCGGCACGCACUAGCCAAUGGUUUCGAAGCACUCAUGGGUGCACUGUUACUGGACGGGGGAAUUGAGACUGCCGAUCGUGUUUUCGCAUACGCUCUCUUCCAGGAGGACGACAGCCUGCGCUCUAUAUGGGUCAAUUAUCCACCACAUCCGUUGCAGGAACAGGAGCCACUUGGUGACCGUCAUCAUAUUGAAUCCUUUGAUAUGUUGAAAACACUGACACGAUUUGAGGAUGGAGUUCAGUUUAAUCACAUCAGGCUGCUUGCUAGGGCAUUCACCGAUCGUUCGAUCGGGUUCACUAACUUCACAUUGGGGUCCAAUCAACGGUUGGAAUUUCUCGGUGAUACCGUACUGCAGUUUAUAUGCUCUGAAUAUUUAUACCGACAUUUUCGGCACCUGUUGAGAAGUUCCUUGGUGAAUAACAGAACCCAGGCGGUAGUUUGCGAUGAUUUGGGUAUGACAUUCUAUGCGGUUUAUUCCAAUCCCUAAGCGGACUUGAAAACCAAAGAUCGAGCCGAUUUGUUGGAAGCUUUUCAAUGAGCCUUAUAUGUAGAUAAGGAUUUGAAACACUGCGAAACCUUUUGCCACGUUUGUUUGUUUCCCAGGUUGCAGGAUUAUAUUAUGAAUUGAGACUGGAAUGAUCUAAAAUCGAAGCUGCAACAAUGUUGUUUAACCCUGCGAACAAUGGACGGUGGAGAACCGGACAUACCGAACUACAAAGUCAUUGAAUGCAACGGACCAACAAAUACACGAGUCUACACAGUUGCCGUUUAUUUCCGCGCAAAACGAUUGUCAUGCGCAAAUGGGCACAGCAUCCAGCAAGCAGAAAUGAAUGCCGCUAAACAAGCAUUGAAAAAUUCGAAAGAUUUAUUCCCUCUGCUCGAUCAUCAAAAGCGUGUACUUGCUCAAAGUCUGUAGCGACAGAGGGUUCGCACAUCGUCACUGGAUGAACGCUCGGAAGAUCAACUAGACCGAAGAGGUGGUGCUUCCUCGUAGUCUUCAUACAACAAUGAACGAAGUAGUGAAUCUCAGCGAAAGAAACGGAUACGUGCUACUGAUUCUCCUCAAUUUCCCAGGCAAUACCAGGUGAAUGAUAGCGAUAGUUAUGACCAACCGAAAUCCAAAUCCCCUGCUCAAAAAUCUUUAGAUAGUCUAGUAGACCAGUAUGAAUCGUUAUCGGACGAAGUUGAUCUUCAGCUGGAAGCCAUUUCUGAGUCCGAAGAAGAUUUUAACAAAACAGCAGUAGCGACUGUCGAAGAAGAUCUCAACAUCAGCAUAGUGAGAGGUACCGCCUGUAAAUCCGAAGAAAGGGAGAUGCCUAAGACGCAGCAAGAUACUUUUGCGAAUUCCGUACUAAUGUUCAAAGUUGAUGGCACCGAUGAUGUGUCGUCGGAUCUGGAAUCCGGCGGAAUUGAAUAA